UGUUGACACUCCUGAUGGAAAACCUCAAUGUGAUAAAAUUAGAAAAAAUAUGACAGACACCCAACCAACGCUUGAAGAGCUGCAUAUACAAAUUAUUACCCCAAAUGAGAAAGCUUUGAAGUGUAUUGAUAAUGAUAAAAAUAAAGCUAAAAUGCAGUUGAUUUCCAAUGCCACAGUUAUGGAAAAUUCAGACAGCGAACAUGAAUUAAACACUCAACAGCAUAAGGUAAGUUUAAUUGUUUCACAGCUUUCCUCUAUAGACGUAGCUGAAUUUGAAUCAUUUGAGAAGCCUAUUGAAGAGACAGAGGAGUCACUAGAGUACAACAAGUCACAGGUCUCUGUAGAGCACUGCCAAUCCCAGGCCUCAGUUGAACACAGUCAAUCACAGGCCUCGGUAGAACAUUGCCAAUUACAGGUUUCACAAGAAAACAGUCAAUCAAUGUGCUUAACAGAACACAGCCAAUCACAGGCCUCAGAAGAAUAUAGUCAAUCACUAUGCUCAAUAGAACACAGCCAAUCACAGGCCUCAGAAGAAAACAGUCAAUCAAUGUGCUCAACAAAACACAGUCAAUCACAGGCCUCAGAAGAUUAUGGUCAAUCAUUGUGCUCAGUAGAACACAACCAAUCACAGGCCUCACUGGAACUCAGUGAAUUACAAGCUUCAGUAGGACACAGUCAGCGACUUUGCUCAAUAGAACACAGCCAAUCACAGGCCUCAGAAGAACAAAGUAAAUCACUGUGUUCAAUAGAACAAAGACAAUCACAGGCCUUUGAAGAAUACAGGCAUUCACUGUACUCCAUAAAACACAGCCAAUCACUGGCCUCAGAACAACACAGUCAAUCACUGCGCUUAACAGAACACAGCCAAUCACAAGCCUCAGAAAAAUAUUGUCAAUCACUGUUCUCAAUAGAACACAGCCAAUCCCAGGCCUCAGAAGAAAACAGUCAAUCAGUGUGCUCAACAAAACAGAGACAAACACAGGCCUCAGAAGAAGAUAGUCAAUCACAGUGUUCAAUAGACCACAGCCAGUCACAGGCCUCAGUAGAACACAUACAGGCAAUUUCCAUGAACUCUCAUUGGCAUGUUGUGAAUGAGUCAGACUCUGUUUUCAUGGGUGGCAGCAUUUAUGAAAAUGAACAAUUAAAAAAGGACUACAAGGACAUUUACACCACCUGUGAAGUCAACCAAUCCUUAAAAACAUCUGAAAAGCUGUCAUCAAUGCACAGGGACAAAGAAUUCGAUCUGGCCAUAGAAAAGAACGACAGUCUGAUUUUCGAAAAGGAGGGCUUGAAUGAAACCACAGCUGUUUUCACUGAGUAUUAUGCACCUGGUAGCGGUUCCUCAAAUGUGCCUUAUUCAAUUUUUACUGGAGUGUCGGAUUUAGUGCAUCAGUGUGUGAUCAAUGACCAAGCAUCAGUACUGUCAGACUGCACUCAUUUCAGCCACCAAAAUGGCUCAAUAUUACAAAAUGAUACUGAAAAAGAUGAAUACUUAAUGAACAGAUAUCACAUGGGCAAUCACGUUUUGCAAAAGAGUGAGCAAAUAUAUUUAGAAGACUAUGAGUCUGAGGCAGAUUUUUGCAAAACCCAGCAGUGCCACCCUAAUAGUAAAGUUCCUUGCAACAAACAGGAUGAAUUCAUCAAAGCACAAGCUUGUGUUAGCACUAAAAGUGCUGAUAAUGAAGAUUACACAGAUGAUGUUUUAGAAGAAACAAAUAACAACAUGCAACAUCAUAUUGUUAUAGAGUGUCCAAAUGAAUGUAUAAUUGUUCCAUCAUUUGAGCAGUCAGUAAUUUACUCUGAUAAUUUGGGAUGCAUGGAAUAUACCAAGCACAAGUCAAUGAGAGUUUCAGCAGUUGAUGGGUGUCCAAGUAGUCCUGUAGACAGUCAUGUCGAGUCUCUGGACGGUCUGUCUGAGAUUUUGUCUGACAAAUCUCCAGUCAAUGCCACAGACAUUUGCUUGGAGCUCAGUAAUGACCUGCAUAUGAACUGUAAACAAGUAGCACAUUGCUUUGUAGAUGUUAUGUCUGACACAUAUGAAGAUUAUACAGAAACCUCUAAACAGUUUCACCAACCCGGCAACCAGUUUAACAAGCACACAAGACAAAAUAAAUCGAUUAAGUUUGAAACGUUUGAGCCUGCCAAUAUAUCAAAUCUUAACGUUGAUAUUUUGUCUAAUGCACAGUCAAAUCCGUGCACAAACACACAAUCACCCUUUGAUUAUUCCCAGCUGAGCAGUAGAAAUGAGGCUUUGAGGACAACAGGAGAAUACAACUCAGACACAAAUAACAACAUUAAGACCAUUACUCUAGAAGACAGUGCCUCAGGUCUACAAAACUCUUUACCUAGUUCUUUGAUAAAAUACAAUACGUUUACUAACAAUACUAGAUUUUUAGUCUCAGAAGGGGUUGAUCACUUUAAAGAGAAUGCCCCUCCUCUUUUAAACAGCUCAGCUACCCCCUUAAAAGCAACUGAAAUAAAGACUGCAAUGGACUAUAAGGAUAAUGUUGCAAAAUCACCUGACCUUAGCGCAUGUUUCAGCCACAAAGAUGUUACACAAAAGCAGCUCUGUGAUUGCUGUGGUGGGAAGGAUUGCCAGUGCUUGUUUGCAGUGGAGGGAGAACAGACAGCCAGAGCAUUUCAGUUUAAGGACACCGACGGCAUCAGGCAGUGUAGCACUACAGUGUUACAAACCUCGAGUACCAUGUACACAGAUGACCAUCAUAACACACAUGGAAUUUUUAAUGCAGACUCUGCAAACUGUGAAUUUUCACAUGUUUUCCAUUUGCAUGCACACAUCCAGGAGGCAAAUAUGUUACCACUGAGCAGCUCUGCGCUCAAGGUCAAUGACACUUGUACAUCAGAAUACACAGGAAGAAGGCUUCAAACUUCUUUCAAAACAAGCUCUCCUGGAAGCACUGUCUCAUUAUGUGAACCGUCUGCUUGCAGCAAUCCUCUUUCUACACAGUCUUUCCAGAUUUCAAAGAACUCUGCGACAGAGAGCACAUUUGUUGAAUGCUGUCCCAUGUUUCCCAUCACUAGUUUAGAGGCCAUUUUGGAGUCUGACAGUUCACUGGAGAGUUCAUUUGUGAUGGAAAAUGGAUUGGAGAAACAACAGAGAGGAAGUCCAUUAUCAGAAGGUGGAUUCAAUGAGGAAUGGAGCUCCUGUGAUGAAAUUACAAACCGCAAUGUUCCUCACAGUCCAUAUGAAAGCAACAUUUCUGCCAUAUGUACAAAUGUAAGUGAGAUGAAUGCUAAUGUAGCCACUGUUAAAGAAGUAAGUACUGUUAUGAAUCAACCAGAUGCUGAAGAGACAUUGGCACCUCAAUUAAAUGGGGUUGAUAACUGUGAUGGCCAUAGUUUGUCCAGUAAUGUGUCACAAGAUCUCGAUUCCAGUACCAACAGCGAGGAGACGGAGGACAGCACUCAGUCACCUUCAAGCCUCCACGGUUUUGCGAGAAUUAAGAGAAACCAGUCAGGGAAGGGCUCUAUGUUUUCAGUUUUCUCUAGAAUGCCCUCGUUUCGCAAAACUAAGCGAGAACACAAGGGCAAUAACAAGGUAGAUCAAGAGGAAGGAGAGGGGCAGGAGGAGGUGAGGUAUACUAAGACACCCAUAUGUAACAAUGCACACCCUUCUCUCUACAAGAGCCUGAUGUCUCAGAGUACAGAUCAUUUUACAGAUAUUAUGAAGGAUGAUGACCACUCCAAUGAUGAUAUUUUUGAACAGGCCGACGCCCUGAAUUUGCAGAUCAGAGAGAAAUACACACAAUCCCAAAAUUCUUAUUACUCCAGUAAUGUACAACAUCAGCACAAAGAUGUUGGCGCACUGCAUUUUACAGCUUCCUCAAUGACAGAGGGAUUACAGCAAAGGAAAAGCAAGAGUACUGAUAACUUGAAUUUACGCAUGAAGCUCGCAAUGGCUCAUAGGUCUCUGUCAAGCCUGUUUGAGUCCAAAUGUCCUGAGAAGGAAUACCAGGAGCAGAUCCUGCACUCCGAGAAAGAGGAAGGGAAAACCAAUCAGCCCUGGAAGAAGAUGAAACGUUCUAAAGAAGCAGAAAUUUACAAAAGAACACUAUCUAUUCCUGAGACAAUUUGUGACAAGUCCGCACACCAGAGCCAUAGUGCCUGUGCUUACUGUGCUCCUCAGAGCAGGUCCAGGCUUCACAGCUCACCUGGUUCCCAACUACACUUGAAGAACAUUUGCCAUUCUGACCAACUGAGCUUGAAAACUGCUCCUCAGGACCAGUUAGGAGGUACACUGGAGAAAAAGUGUCUGGAAGGAGGCGAGCUACCUAGUGCUGCUUCCUCUGACUCUGACCAGGCGUCGGUAGAAAGCUUUGAGGCUGUUCGCAAAGUGGAUGAUAGUUUGCAGUCUUCUCUACACCCUACAAGUCUUGCUCUUGCAAAUCAGAUGUCACCAUCCUGGGGGAGGUCUCUGAGCUGCUUCGAAGCCACUGAUAAUCCGACGAGGCCCAUGAGCCCCAAACCCAACAGUCCAGGGUUGUUGGGACAAAGGAGGAGCUUCCGUUACUCCUCUCGAUCUGUGGCAUCUUCUCUCUGCUCGCUCGGCCAAGGAGUGAGCGUUGAGGGUCUCUCUGACCCGCCUCAAAGGCCGAAGUCUCUGAAACCAAGGACAGCACAACUUAUCACAGCCCACUCCUUUGAUUCUGAAUACUUACUAGAGGACAGCAGUUCAGACAGCCAGUCGCAGACCAGCCUGAUAUCAGGAUCGCUGAUCAACAAACCAGAGCACAGUGCUGAGCCAGCCGCCCAUUCAUCAGGGAGAAGACAACAAGGACAUGGAUGUGUGCUUCGGACGAAGAACAGAGAGCAGAGCAGAACCACACCCAGACCCAUCUCAGACAUCUACGGCUGGGUGGGGCCUCUCCAGGGCAUCAGAGAGGUGGCACUUGACCAAGAGAGGAAAAGAAAUUCCACAAAAGAACAUUGUUGCUCAUGCUCAUAUGAAAUGUUGGCUGAUGCAGAGAACAUCUAUAAAAAGAAACUUGGCGUACAGAGAAGUUUGCGGCAGCUUAGCACUCCAACAUCUGAGAAUCAUGAGAAAGUGCGUACUAGACUCUCUCUUACGUCUCCUGAGCAGUUCCCUUCCAUCUCUUUGAAAGACCACUUCUUCUCCCAGAGCACACCUAUAGGCCUCGACUGUUUGGGCUGGCCCCAUCGUGUGUUGUUUUCAGAAUCGAAUCUUACCACUCCAUCACAAGAGUCACAUGGACCGACCGCACCUUUGGCAUUGGUGAUAACUGAUGGACCACAGGAUAAGUCUGGCCUUGCUGAUGAUGUAGGAAGUGAAGAUGAGCUGUACAAUGAGUUUCGCAGCUCCUCAAAUCGUUUUGGACACCCAGGAGGAGGAGGAGAGCAGCUGGCCAUAAAUGAGCUGAUCAGUGAUGGCAGUGUGUGUGCGGAGGCUCUAUGGGAUCACGUCACCAUGGAUGACCAGGAGCUGGGCUUCAAGGCUGGGGACGUCAUCGAAGUAGUGGACGCCACAAACAAGGAGUGGUGGUGGGGGCGAGUGCUGGACAGUGAGGGUUGGUUCCCCGCCAGCUUUGUUCGGUUACGGGUGAACCAGGAUGAGCCCAUGGAUGAGUACUUUGCCCAUCUGGACGGAGCCUCAGAAGGUGGUAGUGCCAGCAUGGUGUGUUCCCUUGGACCCGGUUUGCCCUGCAAGGAGCAAAUGAGAGCCAACGUCAUCAAUGAGAUCAUGAGCACAGAGAGGGAUUACAUCAAACACCUGAAGGACAUCUGUGAGGGCUACAUAAAACAGUGUCGGAAAAGGACAGACAUGUUUACCGAGGAACAACUGCGCACUAUAUUUGGCAACAUUGAUGAGCUCUACAGAUUCCAGAAGAAGUUCCUGAAAGCCUUGGAGAAGAAAUUUAACAAAGACCAUCCUCACCUCAGCGAGAUUGGCUCAUGCUUCUUAGAGCAUCAAACAAACUUCCAGAUAUACUCAGAGUAUUGCAACAACCACCCCAAUGCUUGCGUGCAGCUCUCCAAAUUGAUGAAGAUCAAGAAAUAUGUGUUCUUCUUUGAGGCUUGUCGCUUGCUCCAGAAGAUGAUUGACAUUUCACUGGAUGGAUUCCUGCUUACUCCUGUUCAGAAGAUUUGCAAGUAUCCUCUACAGCUGGCUGAAUUGCUGAAGUACACCAACCCACAGCACAGAGAUUAUAAGGAUGUGGAGGCUGCCUUAAACGCAAUGAAGAAUGUGGCCAGACUGAUCAAUGAGAGAAAGAGGCGUCUGGAGAACAUUGACAAAAUCGCUCAGUGGCAGAGCUCCAUAGAGGACUGGGAGGGUGAAGACAUCUUGAGCAGGAGCUCCGACCUGAUUUUCUCUGGAGACCUGACCAAGAUCUCCCAGCCACAGGCCAAAGGCCAGCAGCGAAUGUUCUUCCUCUUUGACCAUCAGUUGGUUUUCUGUAAAAAGGAUCUGCUUCGGAGGGAUAUCCUGUACUACAAGGGUCGGUUAGACAUGGAUCAAAUGCAAGUGGUGGAUGUAGAGGAUGGAAAGGAUAAGGACUUUAACGUGAGUGUGAAGAAUGCCUUGAAACUGUGUUCUCCUGGUGGAGAGGAGGUCCAUCUUCUAUGUGCCAAGAAACCCGAGCAGAAACAGCGCUGGCUGCGAGCCUUUGCAGAUGAACGAGAACAGGUUCAGCAUGACCUCGAAACAGGUUUUAUGAUCACAGAAGUCCAAAAGAAGCAGGCCAUGCUGAAUGCAUCCAAAAGUCACCCAACAGGGAAGCCCAAAGCUGUGACCAGGCCCUACUAUGACUUCCUGCUGCGUCAGAAGCACCCCACACUUCCCACCUCCCUGCCACAGCAGCAGGUCAUCAUGUUGGCUGAACCCAAACGCAAGACCUCCAAUUUCUGGCACAACAUUGGACGCUUGACACCGUUCAAAAAAUGAGGGACUGCGUAGACCUAAGGUUGUGCCUGAACUUGUGUUUCUAUCCCAGUGUAAAAUUUCCAUUUGUCCAAUUGCGAAAGCACUUUAUGGGUUGGUUACAAUCACAGCGUCACUCCCAAACAUUGUUGAACAUUGUGGGAGGGCAUUCCUGAUAUGUUAUUAACAAACGAUGGCUACUACUGCUCAUCCGCUCCAGCUGCAACUCCAAUUUCCAGCACUAACGUGACUACUGCUGCAUCAUAUGGACAUGCUUCUAUAUUGAAAGAGCCCUGCUUGAAGAGAUGAAUUCUUUAUAUGUUGGUUAAUUUAUUAUCAAAUUUUCAAUGUAUGCCAGCUAUCCACAGUGCCCAACUACUAGCUUUUGUAUGUAAUUUGAUACUUUUGUGUGGCCCAUGAUGAUGUUUAAAGUUUAAAAGGGUUCCGUUCAAUAUAUAAGGAGACUGUGUUGAGAUUUAUUACUGUAAAAAUUCCUCAAGGCUGUCACAAGAAGUCAGUUGAUAUCACGUCAUUCUGUGUAUGCAACUUAUCCAAACUUUCCAACUUUCUCCUCUCUAAAUUAUACUUACACAAAUAAGAUUUUCAUGUAUGUGCUCAUUUGAUUCUGCUGCCUAUUAACUCCUGUGUUACGACCUUCUCUUUGAAGUGCCAUUCGAAACGUAACCCAGAUAUUGUGAUGGGGGUUGCAUGAAUUUGCUGUGAAAUUCGACCCAAAUAAUAUUCUGUCAUUCUUAUAGAUAAUUGUACUAUUAAAUUAAGAGUAUGUUUGACAUCUGUGUUAAAUAUGUAUGGUUAUAUUUGAGCACAAAACAAAGUGUUUAUAAAAAGCAUUUGUAAGUGUAAUGAUCCUGAUAUUUGGAAAAUUUAAAGGGGAUGUUAUUUUUUCUGUUAAAAUAUUUUAUAUGCCAGUUUAAUGUUCAGAGAACUAGAAGUCAUUUUUAAGUUAAUUUACCAAAACUGGUGUUUUGUGUGACCAAAGCUGUUUGGAAACUAAUUAUUUUUUCACUUUCACUUGGUGUUGUAGUGUACAGUAGUAGUCACUUUUUGUUUCCAUUUUAUCUGUCACAGAAAAGAAAUAUUGCCACCCAUCGGUUGAGAUUCAUGUCAGUUUAUCAGUUCACUUUAACCAUUGACUUUAUCCACAAUUAGUAUCCUGUGUGCAUAGCUUGGUCUUUGAUGGA